AUGGAAUCUGUGUUUGAAGCUGCCGGCCUUGACAUGCGAAAUCAGAUCCUAAAAGCUGUUUAUGGCGCCAUGAAGCCAGACAGCAUCCCUCUUCUCUGUGAGACCAAGCAUCAGCAUCUCAAGACGAAAAUGGUUUCUCUUCUUCUUCUCCUGCUUCUGGGCCUCUGUAACGCUCACGAUGGAAGUGAUCAUGGAGCUGAUAGUGAGAUCUUAAAGGAUCAAUCAGACACGGAGGAUAUAUCCACGACUAUUUUGCGGAUGAACAAUGGAUCCAGUGAGCUUAUACUGGAAGGAGACCUGAUGAUACCGAGAACCAGGAAUGCAAUGAAAUGCAUAAGUAAGCGCUACAACUGUCUGUGGCCAAAGUCUGCUAACGGGAAUGUUGAAGUCCCUUAUAUUCUAAGCUCAAAAUAUGACCAAAGCGAGAAGAAUACAAUUGUGAACGCCAUGAAGGACAUCGAGUACAAUACCUGCGUUCGCUACGUUCCACGUGCAAGACAAACAGCGUACCUGGACAUCGAACCGAGAUAUGGCUGUGCGACUACACCAGGUUAUCUUGGAGACAAGCAGACUGUGUCACUGCAGAGGUUUGGCUGCAUCAGUCACGGCAUCAUCCAGCACGAGCUGCUGCACACGCUGGGUUUCUACCACGAGCACACCCGGAGUGACCGCAAUCAGUAUGUCAAAAUCAACUGGGACAACGUCAUUGAAUUUUUUAAGCCCCAGUUCAGACAGAUGGACACUAAAAACCUCAACACUUCGUAUGACUACACCUCUAUUAUGCAUUAUGCAAGAAGAUCCCUUGGAAAGUUCAAUUCGGAGACCAUUACUCCCAUCCCUGACGCCUCUGUUCCCAUCGGGAAGAGUAGACGAUUGAGCGACAUUGACAUUGUCAGGAUCAACCGGCUCUACAAGUGCUGGAGAUACCUCUGA